AUGUACAACAUGAAUUUGGGAGAAAAGACCGAUAUUAGAACUGGUAUCAGCAAGACCUCCGCCCUCAAUGAUGAACCACUAGAGUCAUAUAUUCCUGGUGUUGGUAGGAAGAACCGCUCCCCAAGUGCGGGAAUGACUGGUGAUUACAGUCAGGCGAGUGAAGCUUAUCACCCAACAGCCGCUCAACACCCCCAGGAGAAGAAUGAGCCCCUGGAGUCAUAUAUUCCAGGCGUUGGUAGAAGAAACCACCCUCUAGAUCCUGAGCUGGCGAAGGAAGGUAAAAUGGGCCAUUCUACAGGCGCUCAGCCACACCUUCCUGAGAGUACCUCGAAGGGCUAUGGUUCGGAGCCUCACAUACCCGGUUGUGGUAGGAUAACUGAACCUCCACAGCACAUGAAGAAGUGUGCCUUCAAUCCAAACGAAAUGCUUGCUGCAAAAAUGGAUUCUCAACACAUGGCAAGUUCUCAGACCACCACAAUCCCAGGCUUUGAAUCGGAGGGGAAAACCAGAAUUCCAGGCACUGAGACUUCGAGACAAUCCUAUCCUUCCGAAAAUGAUUCGAUUGAUCGUGAAAACCUUCCAAGACCGGCUCACGUAAGCGAGAGUGCAAACACUGGCGUUAACGCACCCGCUCGUAGAGAUUCCAGAAAACUGUCCGACUUCAACGAGCCAAGCGAUUUUGACCGGAACGCACGCCGUGCCUCUAAUCGCCAGGACAAAUCUGCAUCGGAUUUCCCAGCUCAUACAUACGAUACCUCAAAAGACAAUUCGGUUGGCGGCAGAGCCGACGAACCCGGCCGUCAAGGGACAAAGGUGGCUUCUGGGGCCGCUGCUACUCAUGAAUCAUCUCAUAGAAAAGAUUCAUCCACCUCUGGCCCUAAGAUAUUCGGCAAGGAAUUACAUUUUGGUAAGUCCUCUCACUCACAGAACACCAGUGAGAGUACUUCACACUCUGAAUCGACAGGCCCCAAGCUUUUCGGUAAAGAGAUAGGUAUCCACAAAUCACAUCAUGAGAAGGACCGAGACUCCGAGGGAAGUUCGCAUUCAGGUCCAAAAAUAUUUGGUAAAGAAUCGAAUUCUGGUAAGGAGCAGCAAGAACGUAGCCAUGAAACCAAUGUGGCUAGUGGUCCCGCCGAAGCUCCAACCGGCUCGGAGCAUACCACUGGAACGAGAUCUGGCGGAAGCGUUAGUGGCGGCGACAGGAGGGCUAGCACGGGUUCAACUGGUGACAAAAACAAGCUGUACCCUUCCAAGGUGCCUACAGUUGAAGACCAGCCGGUCAAAAGAAAUGCGUCAGACUCAGGCGUUAAGAAAACUGAUAGGUCAUUGAGCAUUGGUUCUGAAGAGGCCGGCUCCUACGCCAAAAAUAUUGGCAAUAUGCCAGCUAUGGUUGAUCCUCGUUUCCCAACUUAUCGUCACAAGGAGGAAACGACAGCUACAAUCGGUGAAGGAGGAUCCUACAAAGUCCACUCGGAGAAUAUGACGGAAAGAAAAGUGUCUGUGGGCUCUCAGGAGAAUGAACCUCAUGAACCCGGUUCAGAUUCGCGCGGCACUGACUUAUCAACUGGAAGUCAUCAUACGGUUUCUCAUGACCAAGAACACAAAGAACCAAUUUUUGAAUACGGUCCUGAAGCCGUUCCACGUUCUCACCAGCAGAAGGAUAUUUCAGAAGAAGACAAGGGAGAAUCGCAUCAAGGGCAUUCCAAACCUGGUAUUAUUGGUACCAUCAAGAAUGUAAUUUCUCACCAUAGUAACGAAUGA